GCGCCUUGCAUUAUUAAAACCCAACAUCAAUAUUCAUGACGUAGAAAUGGCCAGAUAGAAUAAAGAAAGCAGCUUCCACGCAUUUUGAUGCAGAAGGCAAGAAGAUGGUGACACGCCAAAGAGAUUACUUGUAGACGUGCAUACACACGUCUACCUCCCGCGCUACGCCAACGUUCUCCGCUCACGCAGUGUAGUCCCGCGUAUAGUGCAGCGCGGUACGGAAGAGAGGUUGCUCAUCCUCGAGAAUGAACCGAGCACUGGACGGCCUGUGGGUGCACAGUACUGGGACAGGAGCGAGAAACUGCGAUUUAUGGAUAGGCAUGGUAUUGAUUUGUCUAUCGUGAGUUCUGCAAAUCCCUGGCUUGACUUCCUCUCGCCCGCCGAAGCUGAACCACUAGCUCAAGCUCUGAACGAUGACCUCGAAACCUACUGCACCUCUGCACCCUCUCUGGCUGAUACAUCUCUUGGCCGGAUUUAUGGAUUUGGUCUCCUCCCUCUCGUUCCAAACAUCAACUCCUCCGCAAUCCUCAACUCAAUAUCCCAAAUCGCAUCCCUUCCUCAUCUUCGAGGUGUCAUCCUCGGUACUCGCGGAAUCGGUCGCGGUCUCGACGACGAAAGGCUCGAGCCAGUCUGGGAAGCACUAGCCACCUCAAACCUCGUUGUCUUCCUCCACCCACAUUACGGUCUAAGCGCAGGCGCACCAGACUUAUUCGGCGAACGCGACAACGGACACGUCCUCCCCCUCGCUCUCGGUUUCCCAAUGGAGACGACAGCAGCAAUAACUCGACUCAUACUCUCAGGUGUCCUAGAUAGAUACCCGAACUUACGUAUCUUACUCGCGCAUUCUGGUGGAGCGCUCCCUGCGUUGUCUUCACGCCUUGCUUCGUGUAUCGCGCAUGAUCCUGUUGUGUCUAGUCGUUUGAAGCAUGAUGCACGGUAUUAUCUUGGGCAGCUGUAUUUUGACGCGGUUGCUUAUGGAGCAGAGGAGCUUGGGUUUGUUUCGGAGGUCGUCUCGAGAGCAGAUGGAUAUGCGAACUUACAGUCGUCAGCUCGGGAUUCAGCGGGUCUAGUGGAUAGGGGAAAAGGAAGUCGAAGAAUUUUAUUUGGUACGGAUCAUCCUUUCUUCCCACCGCUUAGCGAGUCGGAGAAGUGGAAGAGUGUUGUUGAGAACUUGGAGGCGAUUGAAGGUGUACAAGGAUGGAACGAAGACAAUAAGGAAGGGGUUAGAGGAGGGAAUGCCCUACAUCUCUUUGGCCUUCAGUCAUUGAUCUUCAAAUGAGUAAGUGAUGUCAACCCUGUUUUCGCGUGUCCUUCCUAUGCUACAAUGUAUUGGAAGUUCUUCAUCUUUCAAAAUUUGACAAAAC